AAGAUCGAUAAGACCUGAAGUUAUUUUAAAUGAGUUUUGUAAGUUCAGUAAACAUGUACGAAAGUUAGUUACCUAUCAGUUUAAAAUUUCUUAGCGACGAAAUGAGUUCAAAUUCUUUGUUAACUCAAACACACGAUAUAAUUCGUUAUGCUAAUACUUAUAAACUGGAACCUGAUAAUCCUUUUGAUCCAGAAAAAGUAGAAAAAGUUUUAAAAGAAAUUCUACAAGAAGCAAUGGAAAAUCUUGUAUACGAUCCCGAUCAAUGUGUGAAGCAAGCUAAAUGGGCUUCAUAUAUGAUCAGGAAAAAAGUGAAAGAGUUAAAUUUUGAUAGAUAUAAAAUUAUAAGCAUUGUUACAAUAGGAGAAAAACGAGAUCAAUCUGUUAAUAUAGUUUGCCAAUUUUUAUGGGAUAGUAGUAAGGAUCGAUUUUCUACAAUUUCUAUAGAAAAUUCAAAUGUUUAUGGAAUUGCUUAUUGUUUUGGUUUGUAUUACGAAUAA